CACGCCUCGCGGAGGAGCACGCCUCGCGGAGGAGCACGCCGCGCCGGCAAACAAGACCGGAGAGAGCGGGGCCAGCGCGGCAGAAGCGGAGGGACUGAGGCCCGGGGCCGGAGCCGGGCGAGGCGGCCGCGGGGGCUGGGUCUCGGGCUGGUCAGGUACCGACAGGAUGCUCUGUGGACCAGCGUCCCGGCCCAACACUGCCCAGGCCUCCGCUCAGCGUGCAGGAGCCCGCUGGCCUUCGGGAGGGAAACGCCCGCCAUGUGGAGCUGCCCGCUCAACGGCACGGACGGCGAGGACCCGCUGCCCUGCCUGCACGUCCAGAGAGCGCUGUCCGCGCUGUCGCUGCUCUACCUGUUGGGCGGUGUCCCCCUCGGCCUGGGCUACAACGCGCUUCUGCUGCUGGCCAACCUGCACGACCCGGGCAGCAUGACCAUGCCCGACGUCUACUUUGCCAACAUGGCGGCGGCCGGGCUGCUGCUCUGCGCCCUGGCGCCCGCGCACCUGCUGGGCCCUGGCGCAGCCGGCGGGGCCGCCUGGGACCUGGGCAGCGAGGUGCACGUCUCGCUGCUGGUGCUGUUCAACGUGGCGGCGCUAGUGACGCUGUACUCCACGGCCCUGCUGGGCCUGGACUGCUACAUCGAGCGCGCGCUGCCGCGCACCUACAUGUCCAGCGUCUACAACACCCGGCACGUGUGCGGCUUCGUCUGGGGCGGCGCCCUGCUCGCCGGCUUCUCCUCCCUGCUCUUCCACAUCUGCAGCCACGUGGCCGCGCGGCUGGUGGAGUGCUCCCGAAUGCGGGACGCGGCGGCGGCCGACGCCAUCAUGCUGCUCGUCGGCUACCUGGUACCUGGCCUGGCCGCGCUCUACGCGCUUGCGCUCCUGGUGCGGGUCCGCAAGGAGGACACGCCGCUCGACCGGGACGCGGGCCGCCCGGACCCCUCGGCGCACAGGCUGCUGGUGGCCACCGUGUGCGCGCAGUUCGGGCUCUGGACGCCCCAUUACCUGAUGCUCCUGGGGCGCACGGUCCUGGCGGCGCGGGGGAAGCCACUGGACGGGCACCACGUGGGGACGCUGCUCCUCGCUAAGGACCUGUCCAGGUUCCUGGCCUUCGCCAGCAGCGCUGUGGUGCCGCUUCUGUACCGCCACAUCGAUAGAAACUUCCCCGGCAAGCUGCGGCGGCUGAUGAAUAAGCUGCGCCGUGGGCACCAGAACUGUUCCCCAGACCAAGCAGGGGCGCAGCCGGUGACGGCAUAGAUGCUGCUCCACGGGCACCACCAGGGUGGGGCGGGCCGCACUGGCCGGAAGCACAACGCACAGUGACCAGUCUGGUGCCCGAGGCUCGCUCCCUCCUCCCAGGUCAGGCAUCCAGGCCACGAUGCUGACUCCAGCCCCUGCUCCCUCGCCCCUGGAGACGAGGCAGAAACGGGCGCAGCCCCUUGGAGUUCCCCAGGGGCCCGGUGUGAGGAUGAGCCGUGUCCUCGGUGCCUGGCUGCCCUCGGGUGUGCCUGCCUCCUGCACCCACCUUUCAGGUCCAAGCCCGCAACAGCCUGCUUACCCUCGGCCUCAAACGAAGUAAUGAAAACCUAACGCCAGUAUUUAUAACUUUGUACUGUUAAAAUACUAGCCCUCCCCCCUUUUGUUUUGUUUAUGAGGAGACGUUUGAUAGGAAAGUCAGAAGGUAUUAAAAUGAAGGAAACGCAAACCCACUCAGGUGGCGAGCCUCGCGGCCGCGGGGCACAACAGAACUGCAAGCUUCCGGGGACAUGCAGGCGUGGCAGGAGGGGCUGGAUGGGGCGUCUGCGGCCGCCAGGUGUGCCCCCGCUGGCGCUGGUCCAGUGAGGGUCUGUCCUGAAUGACUCCCAAAAGUGUGCACAAAAGUUGAGUGUCAAUAAGGCGAAGGGAGGAAAAUGCUCUUAGGAUUUCUAACCCCAAAGCCGACGGGCCUGCCCACAGGAAACACGGAUCUGGGCAGGCGGGCUCACGGGGCUGCAGAGCCCACCCACCACCCUUCGCCCUCUCCCGCACCCUGCCUUCUGUCAGUGUCAGCUGUUAGGGACGCGGGGGCGCCUCCCUUUCCACUCCCCACGUCUUCACGAAGAAAUCACAGCCCCUCACCCCAACCCUGUUCUGAACCCGAAAACGCCCUAAAAGCAAAGGUCUGUUUCUGAAGGCUGCAGUCCCUGUAGGACGCCUUUCAGACGAAAGACAUACGCGAUGCUGGGCACCGCCCCCGCCCGGCUGCUGCCGUAAACACUCACGGUGUGCUCACUGACCGCCAGCUGCCCCAGGGCCAGGCUGCUCUUCUCGGCGAUGUCUGUUGGGGGAACGGCCCCACGUGGCCCCAGUCUCUUGGGAAGUCGAGCCGAGAGUCAGGUGCGUGCUUUUCUACCUGCAGACUGACUUCCCUCCAGGCUGAUGGCCUGUACAGAACUACAGACACGCUGGACUCUGGGGCUGCAGUAAGCCUUGGGGGAUGGAGCAGCAGGAAUCGGUGGUCUCUGGGUGCUCCUGGCAGUGACGAGCACAGAUGCCCGCCAGCCGCUCCAGGGCCCCAGGGCCUGGUGGGAGCUCUCCUCAAAUUCCCAGGGCCUCAGGCGGAUGCCCCCCGCUCCCCCAGCAUGUCCCCCGACAGAGAUCCCAAGACAGCAGCAGCCGUGCCGAGGGGUGAUGGGUGCCCUCCUCAGGGUCCCGGAGCCAGUAGAGAGAAGCGGCUCUUCCUCCCGCACCAGGGGCUCCUUGGAGAAGGGGAGCCCCCAGGGCCCAGAUCCCUGUCCACGGCCCCACCCCUCAGCCCAGCUGGUUUCCCCCACACAGUGCAGGGGGCCUAAAAUCACUUUUUAUUUCGGUUUCUCAGUGGCUUUGGUUGAAAGCUGGCUGGUCUCUGGGGACCUCUGGGGGGAGGGUGUCAUACGGUAGCAGCCACAGGUUUCUGUCCCGCGUCCACCUCUACUGAUGGCAGAGGAUGAGCCGGGGGUCUCAGGUGCAGGCCCCGCCACUGCUGCUGCUGCGUCCUGAACCCCCUCUGCCCCUGACCAAGAAGCAAGCCCACCUUCGCCUCAGCCACUAGCACCAUAGCUACUUUCCAUGGACGUUGGCUUGGCGAUCUCGUGCUGCACUCCGGUCACUUCUUGCUGCCCCAGUAUGUUUGAUUCCUAGUACUCCUGCCACAGUUGCUAAAAAAAUUGAAUGAAUUUUGAACCAUUUCAAUGAGAUCAGGCAGGUUCGGGGUUGUAUGGGUACACAGACUUGAGGCAUUUAGAAGAAAAUGAGGAGCUACUUGGAAAAUAUCAAGGUAGACCCUGCACUCUGUCCUUUUUAAAAAAAAAAAAAAAACUCUGUUAGUAUGUAUAUAUUUUGACUGUGUGGCAUGUGGGAUCUUAGUGCCCGACCAGGGAUUAAACCCACAGCCCCUGCAUUGGAAACACAGAGUCUUAACCACUGGACCACCAGGAAGUCCCUGAAUGUGGUUUUAAUGAUAUUAUUUUUGUCAAUAGACAAACUCACCUACCUUGCCAUGCUUCAUUACUCAGGAUCCCCAAAGGUGAAUUUAACCUUGGGUUUAUUUCAUGAAGGUUAUAAAACUUAUUGUAAGAAACUGGGUCUUUUACUAAUUGUGGCAAAUGUUACCAAGAAGUCAGGACUUCCCUGGUAGCACAGUGGGUAGGAAUCCUCCUGGCAAUGCAGGAGACAUGGGUUCGAUCCCUGGUCCGGGACGAUCCCACGUGCUGCGGAGCCCCUGAGUCCGUGGCCACAACUACUGAGCGCCUGCUCUGCAACCGGCAAGCCGGAAUUCCUGAGCCCUCGUGCUGCGCCUACUGGAGCCUGUGCGCCUGCAGCCCGUGCUUGGCGACAAGGGAAGGCCCCACGGUGAGGGGCCCAUGCACCGCAACCGGGGAGUGGCCCUGCUCACCAACACUAGGGAAAAACCUGUGUGCGGCAGCAAAGGCCCAGCGCAGCCAAGACUUUAAUAAUUUUUUAAUUAAAAAACUCAAACAUUUGUUUCUUUAUAAAAAGGACCCGACAAAGGACAAACCAGGAAUAAGUCAUUAAGGUGCUAAAUUACACAUCAAGUUCUUGAAGUUAAAAAUCAGUCGGGAAAUGUGGGGGCCUUCUCAUUUCUAACCCGUUACAUCUGCCCAGAUGGUUUGAAUUUACUGGUGUGUCUUAGAAACUGGGGAAGAAAACCCACACGUUUGAAGAUUAAAUUACUUGAUACCUAUUAGCCAA